AUGGCUUGUCGCAAACCACGGGUUGUAACUCUAGGUCACAAACCGCAGGUUGUAUCUCCAGGUCGCACACCUCGGCUUGUAACUCCAGGUCAUAUACCACAGGUUGUAAGUCCAAGUGACAAACCACGUGUUGUAACUCCAGGUCACGAACCACAGGUUGUACCUCCAGAUCGCAAACCACAGGUUGUAACUCCAGAUCACAAACCUCGGGUUGUAACUCCAGGUCACAAACCACAGGCUGUAACUCUAGGUCGCAAACCACGGCUUGUAACUCUAGGUCGCAAACCACGACUUGUAACUCUAGGUCACGAACCACAGGUUGUACCUCCAGGUCGCAAACCACAGGUUGUAACUCCAGAUCACAAACCUCGGGUUGUAACUCCAGGUCACAAACCACAGGCUGUAACUCUAGGUGACAAACCACGGGUUAUAACUCCAGGUGUCAAACCACGGAUUGUAACUCCAGGUGACAAACCACGGGUUGUAACUCCAGGUCAUAUACCACAGGUUGUAAGUCCAAGUGACAAACCACGGGUUGUAACUCCAGGUCACAAACCAUUUGAUGUAACUCCCGGUCACAAACCACGGGUUGUAACUCCAGGUCACAAACCACGGAUUCUAACUCCAGGGGAUGAACCACGGGUUGUAACUCCAGGUCACAUUACCACGGGUUUUAACUCCAGCUAA